AGCGGGCCCGGACGACGCGGCUUUGUCUCCUUUGUUCCGGGCGGUGGCAGCGCCGCGGCGGGAGGGGCGGGCAGCGGGCGCAGUUUUCCGCCCCUCGGUCUCCGGGUAACAGCUGCGGCUCCGUCAGACCCACCUCCGGGGGGGGGGGCCGGGCAGCGAAGUCGCCGCGCGCAGAUUCCCGAGCCCGGAGCGGCUGGCGCCCGCCUCGGCGCACUAGUCCCGCGGGGCCCAGCCGGGUGGUGACUCACACAGGUCAUGCAGUUGUCUCCUGACCCAGCCGGCCCUGCCAGGUGACCAUGCCUGCCCUUGGCCCAGCUCUUCUCCAGAUGCUCUGGGCCGGGUGGGUCCUUACCCUCCAGCCCCCUCCACCAGCUGCUUUCACUCCCAACGGCACAUAUCUGCAGCACUUGGCACAGGAUCCUACCUCAGGCACCAUCUACUUAGGAGCCACCAACUUCCUGUUCCAGCUGAGCCCUGGGCUACAGCUGGAGGCCACUGUGCCCACUGGCCCUGUGCUAGAUAGCAGGGACUGCCUGCCACCUGUGGUGCCUGAUGAGUGCCCCCAGGCCCAGCCUACCAACAACCUGAACCAGCUGCUCCUGGUGAGCCCAGGGGCCCUGGUGGUGUGCGGGAGUGUGCACCAGGGCGUCUGUGAGCAGCGGCGCCUGGGGCAGCUUGAGCAGCUGCUGCUACGGCCAGAGCGGCCUGGGGACACCCAGUACGUGGCUGCCAAUGACCCUGCGGUCAGCACGGUGGGACUGGUGGCCCAGGGUUUGGCUGGGGAGCCCCUCCUGUUCGUGGGGCGGGGAUACACCAGCAGGGGUGUGGGUGGUGGCAUCCCUCCCAUCACGACCCGAGCCUUACGGCCACCGGACCCCCAGGCUGCCUUCUCCUAUGAGGAGACUGCCAAGCUGGCCGUGGGCCGCCUCUCUGAGUACAGCCACCACUUUGUGAGCGCCUUUGCACGUGGGACCAAUGCCUACUUCCUGUUCCUUCGUCGGGACCUGCAAGCUCAGUCGAGAGCCUUUCGUGCUUAUGUGUCCCGUGUGUGCCUCCGAGACCAGCACUACUACUCCUAUGUGGAGUUACCACUGGCCUGCCAGGGUGGCCGCUAUGGGCUGAUCCAGGCCGCGGCUGUGGCCACAUCCCCAGAGGUGGCCCGGGGGGAGGUGCUCUUCGCAGCCUUUUCCUCGGCCGCUCCCCCCACGGUGGGCCGGCCCCCGUCAGCAGCUGCCGGGGCAUCUGGAGCUUCUGCCCUUUGUGCCUUCCCCCUGGACGAGGUGGACCGCCUUGCGAAUCGCACGCGCGAUGCCUGCUACACUCGGGAGGGACGCACCGAGGACGGGGCCGAGGUGGCCUACAUCGAAUAUGAUGUCAAUUCCGACUGUGCACAGCUGCCUGUGGACACUCUGGAUGCUUAUCCCUGUGGCUCAGACCACACACCCAGCCCCAUGGCCAGCCGUGUCCCCCUGGAAGCCAUGCCAGUUCUAGAGUGGCCAGGGGUUCAGCUAACAGCUGUGGCGGUCACCAUGGAGGAUGGACACACCAUUGCUUUCCUGGGUGACAGUCAAGGGCAGCUGCACAGGGUCUACUUGGGUCCGGGAAGUGACGGCCAACCAUACAUCACACAGAGCAUCCAGCAGGGGUCUGCGGUGAGCAGAGACCUCACCUUCGAUGGGGCAUUCGAGCACCUCUAUGUCAUGACCCAGAGCACACUUCUCAAGGUUCCUGUGGCCUCCUGUGCCGAGCACCUGGACUGCGCGUCCUGUCUUGCUCACAGGGACCCUUACUGCGGGUGGUGUGUGCUCCUCGGCAGGUGCAAUCGCCGUUCCGAGUGCUCAAGGGGCCAGGGCCCAGAGCGGUGGCUGUGGAGCUUCCAGCCUGAGCUGAGCUGUCUGCAAGUGGCAGCUAUGAAUCCUGCUAACAUCAGCCGAGAGGAGAGGAGGGAGGUUUUCCUUUCUAUACCUGACCUGCCACCCCUGUGGCCGGGGGAGUCAUAUUCCUGCCACUUUGGGGACCAUCAGAGUCCUGCCCUGCUGACCAGUUCUGGUGUGAUGUGCCCCUCACCAGAGCCUAGUGAGGCCCUAGCGCUGCCAGAAGGAGCCGACCACACCUCUGUGAGUGUGGAGCUCAGGUUUGGCGCCGUCAUCAUUGCCAACGCUUCCCUCUCCUUCUAUGACUGUGCAGCAAUCGCUGAGCUCCACCCUUCUGCUCAGUGCCAGGCCUGCGUGAGCAGCCGCUGGCGGUGUAACUGGUGCGUCUGGCAAUACCUGUGCACACACAAGAUCUCGUGUGAUUCCGGGCCCAUGGUGGUCAGCCAACAGAGCCCGCUUCUUUCCUCAGCCCCUCCUGCAAGAGAUGCACCCACCCCUUUCCCACCUGUAGACCCCAAGGCCACGGUCAGCCCUGCUCCUGACACCCUUCCCAUGAAGCCUGGGGCUCCCUCCUCAGCCCCAGCCUCAGAUGUUCCAUCUGGGGCCAGGCCUUCCCUGCUCAGCCCCUGGGGGCCAUGGGCAGGUCCCAGCCCCACACCUGCCUCGGCCUCCACAGAGUCACCGCUCCAUGAGGAGCCUGUCCCUCCCAGCCCCCCGGACAGACCUGGAACUGCUGUCCCUGCUGUCACUGACUUCGGACACACGGCCACACCCGAGGACCUCUUGGCCUCCCACCCAUCACCCUCAGAUGCAGCAGCACGGCCCCUUGCCCCUGCAGACCCCGGUCCUGAGGCCUUCCCCUCUGCGGUACCCCUGGACCAGCCCCCCAGCACUGCUCCUGCCACCACUUUCCCAGGGGCCGCUGGCUCCACGAAGCCUGCUCUGGACUGGCUCAUGAGAGAAGGCGGCGAGCUGCCCGAGGCGGACGAGUGGACAGGGGGUGACACGCCCGCCUUCUCCACUUCCACCCUCCUCUCAGGUGAUGGAGACUCAGCUGAGCACGAAGGCCCUCCUGCCCCCCUCAUCCUCCUGUCCAGCCUCGACUACCAGUACGACACCCCCGGGCUCUGGGAGCUGGAAGAAGUGAUCUGGGGGGCAAGCUCCUGCCCUUGUGUGGAGAGUGUUCAGGGCUCCGCGCUGAUGCCUGUCCAUGUGGAGCGAGAAGUCCAGCUGCUGGGCAGGAACCUGCACCUCUUCCAGGAUAGCCCAGGAGACAAUGAGUGUGUGAUGGAGCUGGAGGGCCGUGAGGUGGUGCUUGAGGCCCAGGUCGCGUGUGAGCUGCCUCCAGAUACCCAGUGCCGUGUCACGUGCCAGCAGCACCAGCUCAGCUAUGAGGCUCUGCAGCCAGAGCUCCGUGUGGGGCUGUUUCUGCGUCGGGCCGGCCGUCUGCGAGUGGACAGUGCCGCGGGGCUGCACGUGGUACUAUAUGAUUGUUCCGUGGGACACGGGGACUGCAGCCGCUGCCAAACUGCCUUGCCCCAGUAUGACUGUGUGUGGUGCAAGGGGGAACAUUCACGCUGUGUGGCCCGGGAGGCCUGUGGCAAUGCUGACGCUGUGGCCACCCAGUGCCCUGCACCCCUCAUCCACUCGGUGGAGCCACUGACUGGGCCUGUAGAUGGAGGCACCCGUGUCACCAUCAGGGGCUCCAACCUGGGCCAACACGUGCAGGACGUGCAGGACAUGGUCAGGGUGGCCGGCGUGCCCUGUGUGGUGGAUGCUCAGGUGUACGAGGUCUCCAGCAGCCUCGUGUGUAUCACUGAGGCCAGUGGGGAGGAGGUGGCAGGCACUGUCACAGUGGAGGUGCCAGGAAGAGGACGUGGCGUCUCAGAGUACAACUUUGCCUACCAGGACCCAAAGGUGUACUCCAUCUUCCCAACACGGGGCCCCAGAGCCGGGGGCACCUGUCUCACCCUGCACGGCUCCAAGCUCCUGACUGGACAACUGGAGGACAUCCGAGUGGUAGUUGGAGAUCAGCCUUGUCACCUGCUAUUGGAGUACCAGGAAGAGCAACUGCAGUGUGAGACCAGCCCACACCCCACGCCUGCCACGCUCCCUGUGGCUGUGUGGUUUGGGGCCACUGAACGGAGGCUUCAACACAGCCAGUUCGAGUACACAUCAGACCCCAACGUCACUUCUGCUGGCCCCACCAAGAGUUUCCUCAGUGGAGGACGGGAGAUAAAGGUCCGUGGCCAGAAUUUGGAUGUGGUACAGACGCCAAGAAUCCGAGUGACUGUGGCCCCGCGAGCACUUGGGCUGGGCCAGGAGCUCGGGCGGAAGCGCCGCGUGAUCCCGGAAACAGCAUGCUCCCCUGGAGCCUCCUGUGGCAGUCAUCACUUUGAGGAGCCAUGCCAUGUGAACUCCUCUCAGCUCAUCAUGUGCCGUACACCUGCCCUCCCGGGCCUGCCCGAGGACCCCUGGGUCCGCGUGGAAUUUAUCCUUGACAACUUGGUCUUUGACUUUGCUACGCUGAACCCCACACCCUUCUCCUAUGAGGCUGACCCCACUCUGAAGCCCCUCAACCGUGAGGACCCCACCAUGCCAUUCCGGCACAAGCCCGGAAGUGUGAUCUCUGUAGAGGGGGAGAAUCUGGACCUUGCAAUAUCCAAGGAGGAGGUUGUGGCCAUGAUAGGGGACGGCCCCUGCGUGGUGAAGACGCUGACCAGGAGCGACCUGUACUGCGAGCCUCCUGCGGAGCAGCCCUUGCCCCGGCACCAUGCCCUCCGGGAGGCACCUGAUGAUUUGCCUGAGUUCACGGUGCAGAUGGGGAACCUGCGCUUCUCGCUGGGCUUCGUGCAGUAUGAUAGCGAGAGCCCUAUGGCCUUUCCCAUGGCAGCCCAGGUGGGCUUGGGGGUGGGUACCUCUCUUCUGGCUCUGGGAGUCAUCGUCAUCGUGCUCAUGUACAGGAGGAAGAGUAAGCAGGCUCUGAGGGACUAUAAGAAGGUCCAGAUCCAGCUGGAGAAUCUGGAGAGCAGCGUGCGGGACCGCUGCAAGAAGGAGUUCACAGACCUUAUGACUGAGAUGACAGAUCUCACCAGUGACCUCCUGGGCAGCGGCAUCCCCUUCCUUGACUACAAGGUGUAUGCUGAGAGGGUCUUCUUCCCUGGGCACCAGGAGUCGCCCUUGCACCGGGACCUGGGUGUGCCUGAGAGCAGGCGACCUACUGUGGAACAAGGGCUGGGGCAGCUCUCCAACCUGCUCAACAGCAAGCUCUUCCUCACCAAGUUCAUCCACACCCUGGAGAGCCAGCGCACCUUUUCAGCUCGGGACCGUGCCUAUGUGGCAUCUCUGCUCACGGUGGCGCUGCAUGGGAAGCUUGAGUACUUCACUGACAUCCUCCGUACCCUGCUCAGUGACCUGGUGGCCCAGUAUGUGGCCAAGAACCCCAAGCUGAUGCUUCGCAGGACAGAGACAGUGGUGGAGAAGCUGCUCACCAACUGGAUGUCCAUCUGCCUCUACACUUUCGUCAGGGACGCGGUAGGGGAACCUCUGUACAUGCUCUUCCGUGGCAUUAAGCAUCAAGUGGACAAGGGGCCGGUGGACAGCGUGACUGGCAAAGCCAAAUACACCCUGAAUGACAACCGCCUUCUCAGAGAGGACGUGGAGUACCGUCCCCUGACCUUAAAUGCCCUGCUGUCUGUGGGGCCUGGGGCGGGAGAAGCGCAGGGUGUGCCUGUGAAGGUCCUGGACUGCGACACCAUCUCCCAGGCCAAGGAGAAGAUGCUGGAACAGCUUUAUAAAGGAGUGCCUCUCGCCCAGCGGCCAGACCCCCGCACCCUGGAUGUCGAGUGGCGUUCUGGGGUAGCCGGGCAUCUCAUUCUUUCCGACGAGGAUGUGACUUCUGAGGUCCAGGGUCUGUGGAGGCGCCUGAACACACUGCAGCAUUACAAGGUCCCCGACGGAGCAACUGUGGCCCUGGUCCCCUGCCUCACCAAGCAUGUUCUCCGGGAAAACCAGGAUUAUGUCCCUGGAGAGAGGACCCCCAUGCUGGAGGAUGUAGACGAGGGGGGCAUCCGGCCUUGGCACCUGGUGAAGCCCAGCGAGGAGCCUGAGCCGCCCAGGCCGCGGAGGGGCAGCCUUCGGAGCGGGGAGCGCGAGCGAGCCAAGGCCAUCCCUGAGAUCUACCUGACCCGCCUGCUCUCCAUGAAGGGCACCCUGCAGAAGUUUGUGGACGACCUGUUCCAGGUGAUUCUCAGCACCAGCCGCCCUGUGCCUCUCGCUGUUAAGUACUUCUUUGACCUGCUGGACGAGCAAGCCCAGCAGCAUGGCAUCUCCGACCAGGACACCGUCCAUAUCUGGAAGACCAACAGCUUGCCGCUGAGGUUCUGGAUCAAUAUAAUCAAAAACCCGCAGUUUGUGUUCGACGUGCAGACAUCCGACAAUAUGGACGCGGUGCUCCUGGUCAUUGCGCAGACAUUUAUGGAUGCCUGCACCCUGGCCGACCACAAGCUGGGCCGGGACUCCCCCAUCAACAAACUUCUGUAUGCUCGGGACAUACCCCGUUACAAACGGAUGGUGGAAAGGUACUAUGCAGACAUCAGACAGACCAUCCCCGCCAGUGAUCAAGAGAUGAACUCCGUUCUGGCCGAGCUGUCCCGGAACUACUCUGGAGACCUUGGGGCACGAGUGGCCCUGCAUGAACUCUACAAGUAUAUCAACAAAUACUAUGACCAGAUCAUCACUGCUCUGGAGGAAGACGGCACGGCCCAGAAGAUGCAGUUGGGCUAUCGGCUGCAGCAGAUCGCAGCGGCUGUGGAAAACAAGGUCACGGAUCUGUAGGGACCUGGCGAGCCCCGCUGUUGCCUCAGCCUCGCCUGGGCAACUCUGGAACCUCGAGGGACAGACCACCUUCUUAGAUGCCUAUAGUGCCUGACAAGCAGAGUUAGUGGAAGGUGGCCCCCAGUCGCCUGGUGGCUCUGGCCUGGGCCCUGCUGGACUUACCUCACAGACCUGGAGCUGUGAGGCCGUUGGGGUGGUACCCCGCCUGCUCCCCGAGCCCCGUGACCCUGUGGGCUAUUUGUGGGAUGUUAGUCUGUGGGGAGUCAGGGACUAAGGGCUUCCAGAGAGUGGCUGGAAGGGCCUCCAGCCGCCGGAGAGACUGUACUGUUCCUGAACACUGGCCUUCACCCCACCGGGAUUCCGCGGGGAAGGAGGAGGACCCCCACUUCCUGUCCUGUCCUCCAUCAGCCCUGACCUCAGUUUAGCUGCCUCUGGCCUUGUUGCUGCUGCCACGUUCCUAGGUCCGAGAGAUGUAUGCCUUUCCUAGGCCACUGCACAUUGACCCGUCAGCCCGGUUGGCUGCCUCAGGACCACCCUGCCUCAGAGGCAGCCAGUGGUGAGGGGCAUCUGCUGCAGGGGGCCCUGGGGAGAAUGGUGGCCACACUGACCCAGUUCUUUAUUAAAGGAUAACACACUGC